UUUCUUCCUCAACCUGUGGAGAGUUACAGUAACAGCACAAACCCUUAAACCCUAACCCUGUGUUCUGCUUUCCCAAUUUCAGCAAAAUGAUGAAUCGCAUUGCAUCAAAAUGGAACCUUACCAACACCCUUCGUUUCUUCUCUUCUUCUUCUUUUUCUUCGGCUCCAGCCGAUUCCCUCUUCUUACGAAUUUCCAGAUCCGGCGACCCUAAAACCCCCAUGACUCCUCUCCUCAAUCAAUGGGUUGAACAGGGCAGACUCGUCACCCAGGCUGAGCUUCGCUUUUUCAUCAAACAACUCAGAUCCUAUCGUCGCUUCAGCCAUGCCCUUCAGAUAUCAGAAUGGAUGAGUAAUGAAAGGAACCUUCAUUUAUACUCUGGAGACAUUGCUAUACGUCUCGACUUGAUAUCUAAAGUUCGGAGCCUAGAAGAAGCAGAGAAAUAUUUUAAUAGCAUCCCAGAUACUUCAAGAGAUUUCAAGGUCUAUGGUGCUCUUUUGAAUGGCUAUGCGCAACACAACGCCGUGGAGAAGGCGGAGGCUAUCAUGCAGAAAAUGAAAGAAGACCCCUCCAUGCAGGCAACGGGUGCAGUAUUGAGUUAUAAUGUUAUGAUGAAACUCUAUGCUCGGACAGGUCAAUAUGAGAAAUUGCAUGAUUUGAUGCGAGAAAUGAAAGAGAAGGAGUUAUGCAACCAUGUCACAUAUACUACUUGGCUGAAUGUUUGUGUGACAAUCAAUGAUAUAGAUGAGAUGGAGAAGAUACUGGCACAGAUGGAAGUUGAUCCCGCAGCUGUGGACUGGUUAACAUACUGUACUGCAGCAGAUGGUUAUACUAAAGCUGGCCAAUUUGAGAAGUCAUUGGCAAUGUUGAAGAAAUCAGAGCAAUUAAUCACAGGCAAGAUGAGCAGGGUUGCCUAUGAAUCUCUUCUAACUAAGUAUGGUACUAUCGGGGGAAAAGACGAUGUGUAUCGCAUUUGGGACAUAUGCAAAAACUUGAAUAAUUCUACUCCAAAUUCAAGUUACAUCUGCAUGUUAACUGCAUUGUCAAGGUUGAAUGACAUUGAUGGAGCUGAGAGGAUUCUGGAGGAGUGGGAAUCUGGAAAUUCACGCCAUGACCUCAGAAUUCCAAAUGUGAUGGUGAGUGUUUAUUGUAAGAAUGGCCUGUUGGAAAAGGCUGAAGCAUAUGUUGGGAGGCUUUUAGAAAGAGACAGUAAAUUAGAUGGAAGUGUGUGGGAUCGUUUGGCUCGUGGCUAUUCUAGCUGCAAAGAUAUGGAUAAAGCACUUGAAACAAUGAAGAAAGCAAUUUUGGCUGGUCGACCAGGAUGGAAGGCUUACCCUUUUACUUUUGCUGCCUGUAUUGAGCACGUGAAAGAGAAGGGAGAUUCAGAAUUGGCAUCAGAGAUUCUUAGGAUAUGUGGGGAACGAGAUUAUUUCACUGCUGCCACCCAUGAUAAAUUACUAAGCUAUAUGCAUGGGGAAAUCCCAGAAACAAAUGCCUUAGAUCUGAUUAAAGGAGAUUAUCGUCUGAGAGGGGACUUUUACGUUCCGGAUGGAGAGAAGAAGCAUGAAAAGCAGCCCGAGAAAGAGGUCAGUUAAUGAAUUGACAUGAAAUUCCCUUUUGAUUUGAAGCAGGAUUGUGUCCAGUUAUACAAAGCUGAACCAUUCAUUUCAUUAGAAUUCACACAUCAACAAACUUCUUAAAUCACCAUUUUACUCAUCAAGUAAGCACCCUGUUUCGGUAACUUUGCCUUCACAAAAACAACAACGCUGGUUCUGUUUUUCCACCAAAAUACUUCCCUCCUAUCACUUGUUUAGCCUCAACAGCAACCAUAGUAUUAUUGCAUGUCUGCAUCAUCCCAUUUUGGAGUUGGACCCCCUACUAAUACUUUAGGUAGCUUUUAUCAUUUUAAUGGCAUAUCUCGUUCUAGUAACUUUAGUCCUCAUGUAUCUCAUCCAGUAGCUAUGGUCAAGAAGACAGUUAUAUGGUUACUCGUAUAACUCAUGACUUCUGUUUGUUUUGGUGGCUACUGAAACUUUUAUUCUUAGGCAAAGAGCAGGCACUGCAAUUAGUUAAUUGCAUUAUCAGUUAAUUAACUUUGGAUUAGUUUAAUUUAAAUAAAGUUGUCCUUUAAAACUAA